AUGGCGCUGAACAGGAACCACUCGCAGGAGGGUGGCGUCGUCAUCCCCAAUGCCGAGAGUGUUCUCAAACAGUGUAAAGAUGUGGAGCUCUCCUUCAGUGACGUGACGGGCAAGCCUGAAGCCUUCAAAGGCACCAAGAAAGGGGUGCUGUAUCUCACGCCUUACAGGAUGAUCUUUGUGUCGAAGGGCAAGGAUCCUAUGCUGUCUUUCAUGAUGCCGUUUUAUUUGGUGAAAGGAUGCUCAGUCGAGCAGCCUGUUUUCUCUGCCAAUUACAUCAAAGGACAGAUUCAGGCCGAGGCAGGAGGUGGCUGGGAAGGGCAGGGGACAUUUAAACUGACUUUUAACAGUGGAGGAGCCAUUGAGUUUGGACAGCUGAUGUUCAAAGCUGCCUCUAAUGCUUCCAGUGGCGUUCCUCUCCAGAACCCUGGCUAUGGCUAUACACCUGUGCCCGGAGGGUAUGCACCCGCCCCGCCUGCUCCCGGGGGUUACUCACCUGCGCCGGGAGGCUAUGCUGCUCCUCCACCACCAAACGGACCAUAUCCUUAUACACCACCUCCGAUGAAUGCCUAUGGACCUGCUCCACAGCCCAUGGGAUAUCCAUAUGCCCAGACUCCAGGUAUUUACCCACCACUUCCAAACAUGAACCCCAUGUAUGUGCCACCUCCUCCCCCCUACUCUGGGCCGUCUCCUACAGGACCCUCAGCCCCCUCGGCUCCCCCAGCCUGGGUGGGCCCGGGGAUGCCAGGGGGCAGUAAGGCCACGGAAGCCGCUUCCAGUGCAUAUUACAACCCUGCCAACCCACACAAUGUGUACAUGCCAAUGGAUCAGCCACCUCCUUAUGCACCUCCUGAGGAUAAGAAGAACAACUAACAGAACGAAAUUGCAACCAGCCUCCCACACUCUCUCCCUGAAGACAACUUGGCUGUUACUACCCCUCGGGUUAGCAUAUCUCUAGGUCUCUUUGUAUAUAUACAAUAUAUGUAGUGCUGGGCAGCUGAGCACCUGCCCUCCUUAAACAUUAAGUCAGUGGCAAUACAAGGCGGAACAACAGCACUUUCCUGCUUAUUUGCUUUAUCUCAUGGGGUCAAAGCACUAACCUUUUGCUCUGCCAUUGGCUUGAGGAGAGAGAUGGACGACUUCUUAAACCACCAAUAGACCACAUCGCUAAUCUAGGACUAAAAUAUGAAGGCUCUGGGAUCUUGGAAUAAAACUACUUGGAAUGCCAAACUUUUGACUUCGUCUGAAGCACCAUCCAAGGGGAAAGGUAUAGAGAGCCAUGAGGUUCCUUGCAUAGACACUUGGGUGCCCUAGAAAGGUGUUAAACUUCCUUAAAUUCUGGCACAGCUCAGCAUGAGAUGGACUCUGAAAAUCCUGUAUCGUGCGGGAAGCAUGUGUUUCAUGUCCUGGACUAACAGUCAUGGUGUGAUGAACUUGUGAAGUGCAUCCUAAGAGACAUUGAAGCCUUUGGCUGUGCAAGAGGGAAGGGGAUAGGCCCCAGUCAGCCUUGCCUUUGUAGACAUGGAACAGAAAAGCAAACAAAGGUGUGCUGCAGAGCAGUGAGCUGAUACUGGCAGGUGUGCAAAUCAGUCUUCCUUUCCCUCUCCUAGAAGCAGGUCCCAUAUCUGCGCAAUGAUCCUGUGUCAAGCAGCCGUUCUUCAAGCGUAAUGGAGUCAAGUGCUGCACAGGAGGCUGCUUGCCUUGGAGCAAAAUAUGUUACAUUAGGAAGAUGACCUGGCGCUAGCCUUGCCAGGAGACAGGUCCCGCAGCCCUGGCUCCCUCUGCUGAGCAAGCUUGUGCUGUGUGCUGACUCCACAGGGGAAAACCGGCCUUCAUCUCUUCCUUGGGCCGCUACAGCCAGGGCAUGCAUGCCUACAUCUGAGCAGCAUGGGAGGGUGGGAGCUGUAACACCGGAGUUGGGUUGCUUAGGGGUGCAGUGCCUUCUCUCAGCUGGGAACCACUGUCUGGUGGGGAUGUUACGAAUGCUCAGCUCUCUUGCAGAGAGUGACUGCUCAGCCACAACCUUUCCUUCUUCCUUAGGACAUAGUGCCAUUAAACCUGCUCUGAAGGGAGUCUCUCUAGUCUGGUGGGGACCCUUGUGAUCCUUUACAUAUGGGGUGACUGUACUACUUCCUACAGCCUUCCUACCUUUACAGUGAAGGGGAAGGAGUGUUUUACCCCUUACUUCCCUGUGUGCCAGGGCUCUCCUGUAAGUCAGGGUUGCACGACUUCCAAGUGUGAAUUCCUAAAGCAGCCCUGCAUGGGGGGAAGUAAAUUUCCUUAACUAUAAACACUUUUUAAGUCUGAGGUAGAGAUAGUCGAACAACUCUGUAUUUAAAAAAAAAAAAUCAACCAUGAAUGUUUGUAACUUUUUGAAUUGCACUUUAAUACAGGAGUGUUGAUGAUACCUUUAGCUGCCUGUUCACUGUUGUGUGUGUUGUGUUGACCUUCAUUCUUGCCUACUGCACAGAAGGCUGAACAAAUGACAACCACUGGUGGUGGUCUCAGGUCGGCCGUGGGCCAGUCCUUCUCUCUCCCUGGUGCAUGGCUAAGCUGGAUCUGGAAUCGGGUAACUGCAGGGAGAGAAGAAGGUGAGGCUCAUCCUCUUGCUGCCUGGGGAGGGUGGAAGGCAGGUUUGUGCCUUUGCGCUUGCCCUGAUAUCCAGAACUGGCAUGUGUUCAGGUCCUCGGGGCAGGCACAACACUGCAUUUAGCAGGUGCCGUGUCACCACCCUCCUACUCACUACAGCUGUAUUUGUAGCACCUCUCCUGUGUACAUUUACUGCCAGAGGGAAGGCCUGUCUUUAAGAGGAACUCCUCACUAGCUGAUUUUUUUUCCAGUGAGGGAAAAAUAAAUACAUGGUAAAGGAAAAUGGCA